CAAAACUUGUCGAAUUUCACCACGGUCGAAGCCUCCUCAAGUCAACCGAUCCAGCGCAUCAACAUACCCCUCCGCUGUGCAUAUACAGGUCGAGGAGAAGAAGAAGUCGGCGACCGGUUUGGACGACUUCUAGGUGGCCGAACCCGGAGUACUUGGUGCAGUGCAAUCAGCAGCAGCAGCAACUGGAGCAAGUCGCCGAUAAACGGUAGCAGCGAUAGUGGCAGGAAGUUGCCUACAGGAAUAACGACGAGGGCGACGACUGCGACAAGACAGACGGACAGACAGACGGGGAAAUCGGACAAGCAGACAAGCAGGAAACGACACGAAAGAUGGCUGCUGCCGCCGCCGUUCUCGACGGCUACGCCCAGUACGAGCACUUCCUCGUCACGUCGCCGCACCCGUACGUGGCGCACGUCGAGAUCAACCGGCCGCGCAAGCUCAAUGCGUUCGCGCGGCCGCAGUGGCUCGAGUUCGGGGCCGUGUUCCGGCAGCUGAGCGGGGACGCGUCGGUGCGGGCCGUGGUGCUGUCCGGGGCCGGGGACAGGGCCUUUACGGCCGGGCUGGACGUGCAGGCGGCGAGCCAGGAGGGGCCGCUGUCCGGGGCUGGCGACGACGGCGACCUGGACGCGGCACGCAAGGCCAGGGCGCUGAGGCCGCACAUUGAGGAGUUUCAGUCGUGCAUCUCGGAGAUGGAGAGGUGCGAGAAGCCCGUCAUUUGUGUCCUCCACGGCAUCUCCAUCGGCUUGGCCAUCGACAUCUCGUGCUGCGCAGACGUGCGUAUCUGCUCCGCCGACGCGCGCCUCGCCGUCAAGGAGGUGGACGUGGGCCUGGCGGCGGACAUCGGCACGCUGGCGCGCCUGCCCAAGAUCGUGGGCUCGACGUCCUGGGUCAAGGACGUGUGCCUGUCGGCGCGGGACUUCAGCGCGCAGGAGGCGCUGGCGCAGGGCUUCGUGAGCCAGGUGCACGCGGACAAGGCGGCGGCGGUCGCGGCGGCGACGGGCAUGGCGCGGACGCUGGCCGGCAAGAGCCCCGUCGCGGUGCAGGGCACCAAGGAGCUGCUCAAUUACGGGCGCGAGCACAGCACGGCCGACAGCCUGCGGUACACGACGGUGUGGAACUCGGUUGCGCUGCAGGCGCAGGACCUGCCGGCUGCCAUGACCAGCGCCUUUACCAAGAAGAGGCCAACGUUUGAGAAGCUGUGAGAUGUGCGUGGGGAAGAUGGCUGUACGCUGUACAUAGGGGAUGGGUAUUUUCGCGGCAGCACGUGUCGGUGCAUAUAUAUAACUGUUGUUGG